AUGUCCGCCACCAAGAUCAUCACCGCGUUGCUCGUCAGCCUUGUCGCUGGCCAGACGGUCAACAUCCCAACUCGAAGCGGUUCCAUCAUCUCUCUUCCCACACCAAGUGUGAUCUCUGGAUCCAAGGACCUGGGCAACAAAGAGUUUGACCGAGGAAGGUCUUGCUUCACUGAUGUCGAGACCCCUGGUGGCCAUCCCGUCUUUAUCCUGGAGAACGGUGCAACCCUCAGCAACGUCAUCAUCGGUGCCAACCAGGUCGAGGGCAUCCAGUGCAGGGGUACUUGUACUCUUAGGAAUGUCUGGUUCCGCCGUGUUUGCGAAGAUGCGGUCAGAGCCAACGGUAACGGCAACAUCUUGAUCGAAGGCGGCGGUGCCAUCAACGGCGAAACUGUCGUUAACCACAGCGGCAAGGGAACUGUUACCAUCAAGGAUUUCACCGUUGCCGAAUCGAACCGUCUGUACCGCGCAUGCGGCAGCUGCGCCAACAACGGCGGACCCAGACAUGUCAUCAUCAACAACGUGAAGGCCAACGGCGUCGACCUUCUGGCGGGUAUCAACUCCAACUUUGGCGACACCUCGACGGUCUCGAACACCUGCGGUGCCGGCGUUACCAAGGUGUGCCAGGAGUUCAGGGGAGUCCAAAAGGGUCAGGAGAGCUUCAAGCUUUCCACCACCGCUAACUGCAAGGGCCAGGCUUCCCUUGCUGCCUGUUAA